ACGCUUGCUUCACAUCUAAGCCAACAAAAUCAAACACCGUCUGUGUACAGCGGAAGAACGAAGCCUCCUCGUUCUUCUUCUGCGCUUUCUCUUUCUACAACCGCUGCCUAUCUUUCGUUCUUUCUCUCUCCUCAACCUGCCACGUCACCUUCCUCUAGGAGUCGCGCGGUGUUGCUCGUUCUGCUGCCGUUGUGGUUCCGGCGAUGGGACAGCAAUCGUUGAUCUACAGCUUCGUCGCUCGCGGCACCGUGAUCCUUGCCGAGUACACUGAGUUCACCGGAAACUUCACGGGCGUGGCGGAGCAGUGCCUCCAGAAACUCCCUUCCUCCAACAACAAGUUCACUUACAACUGCGAUGGCCACACCUUCAACUACCUCGUGGAUAACGGAUUCACUUAUUGUGUGGUUGCUGUUGAAUCUGCUGGACGGCAGAUUCCAAUUGCUUUCCUUGAACGAAUCAAGGAGGAAUUUACCAAAAAGUAUGCUGGAGGAAAAGCAGCAACAGCCGCCGCUCAGAGCCUCAACAGAGAGUUUGGACCUAAGUUGAAGGAGCAGAUGCAGUAUUGUGUUGAUCAUCCAGAGGAAAUCAGCAAGCUUGCUAAAGUGAAAGCUCAGGUGUCAGAAGUCAAAGGAGUUAUGAUGGAAAAUAUUGAGAAGGUUCUUGACCGUGGGGAGAAAAUCGAGCUUUUGGUGGAUAAAACAGAGAACCUUCGUUCUCAGGCUCAGGAUUUCAGGCAGCAGGGAACCAAGAUUAGGAGAAAGAUGUGGUUUCAAAACAUGAAGAUAAAGCUAAUCGUUCUGGUUGAGGCCAAACAAAGACAAGCAAAAACAGACGUUGAACACGAAUGGUACAAAUGGUGUGUUUGGGAAAACGUUGGGAUCAGCGGAAUGCACGUUUUUUCCUAUCCAUUUUUAGCUUAGGACACGUGAAAGAUAGUUUGUUGUCUCGUAAACCAAAGACGCAAAAUAUUGCAUUUCAGUUUCAUGCAUUAUAAGAGUAAAGUCCUGUUUGCAUUAAUACGCUUGCUGAACAUUCAAUUGUACAGUUCUCCAAAUUCACUUGUAAUGUUCGCAGGCAAAAUUCAAUGCCCUGAAGUUUUGG